GGAGAAACUGAGGACAAAGGCGGACAUUUCGAAGCUGCAAUCUCUUUCACCAACUGUUCAGCUAACCAAACCCCGCUCUCUUUUAUAUUCAUUUCAAUCUUCUCGAUUUUGCCCCCGCUUUUUCCUCUAUAUCUCCGCUCUCUCUCUCUCUCUCUCUCUCGCUCUCGUUCUCCUCAUUGUCGAUUCCAAUGGAGUCCUCCGCUGCUCUCCGAUCCUUUCACUAUUCUGUAGGUGCUGUUUCACAAGCACAUUGCUUACUGGAAAGGCCAAGUACUGUUCAUGUGUAUUCUUGCGGCUUGCCCACUUCAAGAAAAUCAUGUCUCCCAGGCUUGAUGUUUGACGGGAAGAAUAAUUCUUCUACAAAACGAAAUGUAACUCUAAUAUCAUGUGUGAAGACACCUGAAGCUUCUGUAACAGCCAAGUCAAAUGAUAGCACCGCACAAGGCUCAUUGGAGAAGAAAACUUCACGGAAUGCAACUUUUCCAAAUGGGUUUGAGGCAUUGGUACUGGAGGUAUGUGAUGAGACUGAGGUGGCUGAACUGAAAAUGAAGAUUGGAGACUUUGAAAUGCAUCUGAAACGGAAUGUUGGUGCCACAAAAGCUCCCUUGUCCAACAUUUCACCUACAACAGCCCCACCCAUUCCAACUAAACCAAUGAAUGAAUCAGCUGCUGUUGCCCCACCUCCCUCACCACCAAAACCCUCCCCAGAGAAGCCUACUCCAUUUAAAAAUGCCGCCUUUGGGAAGUCACCCAAGUUAGCUGCCUUGGAAGCUUCUGGAUCCAGUAACUAUGUUCUAGUGCCUUCUCCUAUAGUUGGCACAUUCCGAAGGGGUAGAACAGUGAAAGGAAAGAAGCAACCUCCCAUCUGUAAGGAGGGUGAUUUGAUCAAAGAAGGACAAGUGAUAGGAUUCUUGGAUCAAUUUGGUACUGAACUUCCUGUUAAGUCAGAUGUUGCUGGAGAAGUCUUAAAGCUCCUCUUUGAUGAUGGAGAUGCUGUUGGUUACGGAGACCCCCUUAUUGCAGUGUUGCCAUCAUUUCAUGGCAUCAAGUGAGCGCUCUGUUGUACCUACCGUAUUUUUGCACAGACAAAUGUCCCAAAAUACUAAGGUUUUUUAUUUUGUUUUCUCACAUCCUUUCAUUCGUUCCGUCUUUUGAUUCAUGUGCCUGAGCACAAUCACGAAAUGCAUGUGUAGCUGGUGAUCUGAACUCAAUGUUGCUAGUGAGUUGCAAUUCCCUGGGACCCACUGAAUAAUUGUUUUAAGCAUUACAGAUUGAGGAGAGGCUUAUCAUUUGUAUCAGUUAAAAUUUUUUUGUA